GGGCGCUCUCCUCCUCCUCUCCUCUGCCGAAGCCCACGAUGGAGUUAAACGCCAAUAAAAUAAAAUAAACCCCAACCACCUUCUUCUUCUUCUCCUGGCUGAAUUCUCUGAGGGGGAUUUUCUAUCCAAAUAAACCCGGGCUGAGAGCGAGCGAGCGAGCGAGCCCAUACGGGGACCUGAGAAGCCGCCGCCGCCGGGACUGGGGAGCCAUGGCGGCGCACGGAGAAGCCUGGCGGCGGCUUCUGGACUCCCUCUGGCUCGUCCUCCUCUGCGGCCAAGCCGCCGCCGCCGCCGCCCGGACUCCGCAGCAACAGAGUCCCCCGCCCGCCGCAGGACCCACUGUGAGGACCUUCACUCCAUUUUAUUUUACUGUGGAGCCAGCGGACACCCUGUCAGUCAGAGCUGCUUCUGUUAUACUGAACUGUUCAGCUCACUGUGAGUCUUCUCCAAAAAUUGAAUGGAAAAAAGACGGGACUUUCUUGAACCUGGUGUCAGAUGACCGACGCCAGCUGCUACCUGAUGGAUCUCUAUUAAUUAACAGCGUGGUGCAUAAUAAGCACAAUAAGCCCGAUGAAGGGCAUUAUCAGUGUGUUGCAACUGUGGAAAGCCUUGGGACCAUUGUAAGCAGAACAGCGAAGCUCACGGUAGCAGGUCUUCCAAGAUUCACCAGUCAGCCAGAACCAGCGUCUGUCUACAGAGGAAACAACCUAGUACUGAAUUGUGAAGUCAAUGCUGAUCUUGCGCCAUUUGUAAGGUGGGAGAUGGAUCACCAGCCACUCUUUUUGGAUGACCGUGUAUUCCAGUUAUCAAGUGGAGCUCUGAUAGUUAGCAAUGCUACAGACGAGGAUGGUGGCACAUACUCUUGUGUCAUUGAAACUGGCGGCUCUCCCAAAUAUAGUGAUGAAGCAGAGGUUAAAGUUCUUCCAGAAUCAGAAGUUCCCUCAACUCUGGUGUUCCUAAGGCAGCCUUCCUCACUCACCAGAGUUAUUGGGCAGAGUGCAGUUUUGCCCUGUGUCGCUGCUGGCAUUCCCAUUCCUGUUGUCAGAUGGACAAGAAAUGAAGAAGAGCUUGUUACAGAAGGCUCUCAAAAGUUUUUAUUGCUGGCGGGAGGGACCCUGAAGAUCAGUGACGUCACAGAAGAGGAUGUCGGCAUAUAUACCUGCAUUGCAGACAAUGGGAACGAAACAAUUGAAGCACAAGCAGAUCUUACGAUACAAGCUCCUCCUGAGUUUCUGAAGAAGCCUUCUAAUAUCUAUGCUCAUGAGUCCAUGGAUAUUGUAUUUGAAUGUGAUGUGACGGGGAAGCCAACUCCAACAGUGAAGUGGGUCAAGAAUGGAGACGUGGUCAUCCCUAGUGAUUACUUCAAAAUUGUUAAGGAGCAUAACCUGCAGGUUUUGGGCCUGGUGAAAUCGGAUGAAGGCUUUUAUCAGUGCAUUGCGGAAAAUGAUGUAGGCAAUGUGCAGGCGGGAGCCCAGCUGAUAAUACUUGAUCACGAUGUUGCCAUCCCAACAUUACCUCCCACUUCACUGACCAGUGCCACUACUGACCAUCUAGCACCAGCAACGACUGGACCGUUGCCUUCUGCCCCUCGGGAUGUUGUGGCUUCCCUUGUGUCUACCCGUUUCAUCAAGCUGACCUGGAGGGCACCUGCAUCCGAUCCACAUGGAGACAAUCUUACCUAUUCAGUAUUCUACACCAAGGAAGUGAUCAACAGGGAGCGUGUUGAAAACACCAGUCAUCCUGGGGAGAUGCAAGUGACAAUUCAAAACCUGAUGCCUGAGACAGUUUAUAUUUUCAGAGUGGUAGCUCAGAACAAACAUGGACCUGGAGAGAGUUCGGUACCACUAAAGGUGGCAACGCAACCUGAGGUUCAGCUUCCUGGCCCGGCACCUAACAUUCGGGCAUAUGCAAACUCUCCCACAUCAGUCACAGUCAGCUGGGCCACACCCUUGUCUGGCAAUGGUGAAAUCCAAAAUUACAAACUAUACUACAUGGAGAAGGAGACGGAUAAUGAACAGGACAUUGACGUCGGAGGCCUUUCCUACACGAUAAGCGGUUUGAAGAAAUAUACAGAGUAUAGUUUCCGAGUGGUAGCCUACAAUAAACACGGCCCUGGAGUUUCUACACAAGAUGUUGUUGUUCAAACUCUGUCUGAUGUUCCCAGCGCUGCACCACAGAAUCUGUCUUUGGAAGUGCAAAACUCCAGGAGCAUAAUGAUGCAUUGGCAGCCCCCUCCUCUGGGGACACACAAUGGGCAAAUCACUGGCUAUAAGAUUCGCUAUCGAAAAGUAACUCGCAAAAGUGAUGUGACAGAAAGCAUUGUUGGGACGCAACUUUCCCAGCUAAUUGAAGGUCUUGAACGUGGCACAGAGUACAGCUUCCGGGUGGCUGCCUUAACGGUUAAUGGUACUGGACCGUCUACUGAUUGGAUAUCAGCAGAAACCUUUGAAAGUGACCUUGAUGAAUCUCGUGUUCCAGAAGUCCCAAGUUCCUUACAUGUCCGUCCGCUUGUAACAAGCAUUGUUGUGAGUUGGACUCCACCUGAGAAUCAGAACAUUGUGGUCAGAGGCUAUGCUAUUGGGUAUGGUGUAGGGAGCCCCCAUGCACAGACCAUCAAGGUGGAUUAUAAGCAACGAUAUUACACUAUUGAAAACCUGGAUCCCAGCUCCCAUUAUGUCAUCACUUUGAAAGCCUAUAACAAUGUUGGUGAAGGAAUCCCACUCUACGAAAGUGCAGUGACGAGGGCUUAUACAGACACUUCUGAAGUUGAUUUAUUUGUUGUUAAUGCUCCGUACACUCCAGUGCCAGAUCCCUCCCCCAUGAUGCCACCUGUGGGAGUUCAGGCUUCCAUACUGAGCCAUGACACCAUACGAAUCACCUGGGCAGACAACUCUCUGCCAAAGAACCAGAAGGUCUCAGAUGCCCGUUACUACACAGUCCGGUGGAAAACCAACAUUCCUGCCAACACAAAGUACAAGACUGCAAAUACAACCACCUUAAGCUUCUUAGUGACUGGUUUAAAGCCUAACACCUUAUAUGAGUUCUCUGUGAUGGUGACCAAAGGUCGAAGGUCGAGUACUUGGAGCAUGACAGCACAUGGGACCACCUUUGAAUCAGUUCCAACUUCUCCUCCAAAAGAUGUCACCGUGGUGAGCAAAGAAGGAAAACCACGAACCAUCAUAGUCAACUGGCAGCCUCCAUCUGAAGCUAAUGGCAAAAUUACAGGGUACAUCAUUUACUACAGUACAGAUGUAAAUGCCGAAAUCCACGAUUGGGUCAUUGAGCCAGUAGUAGGAAAUAGACUGACGCAUCAGAUUCAAGAGUUAACCCUUGACACUGCAUAUUAUUUCAAGAUUCAGGCCCGCAACUCCAAAGGCAUGGGCCCUAUGUCAGAGGCAGUACAGUUUAGAACUCCUAAAGCGGAAUCUUCAGAUAAAAUGUCUAAUGAUCAAGCCCUGGGAUCUGCAGGAAAAGGAAACCGUCAAAUGGAUGCUGGGACAGACUAUAAAACACCCAUGGGUGGCAGUAACAGCCCUCAUGGAAGCCCUUCCCCCCUAGAAUACAACAUGCUUCUGGUAAUAAUUGUUUCUGUGGGAGUGAUCACCAUCGUAGUGGUGGUGGUGGUGGCUGUUUUCUGCACUCGACGCACCACUUCUCACCAGAAGAAGAAGCGAGCUGCCUGCAAAUCUGUGAAUGGUUCUCAUAAAUACAAAGGGAAUUCCAAGGACGUCAAACCUCCUGACCUUUGGAUUCAUCAUGAGAGGCUGGAGCUAAAACCUAUAGAUAAAUCUCCAGAUCCCAAUCCAAUCAUGACAGACACCCCCAUCCCUCGUAAUUCGCAAGACAUUACACCAGUUGAUAACUCUAUGGACAGCAAUAUCCACCAAAGACGGAAUUCUUACAGGGGGCAUGAAUCAGAAGACAGCAUGUCCACACUCGCUGGAAGAAGGGGGAUGAGACCCAAAAUGAUGAUGCCGUUUGAUUCUCAACCGCCUCAGCCUGUGAUUAGUGCUCAUCCCAUCCAUUCCCUUGAUAACCCCCACCAUCAUUUCCACUCCGGCAGCCUCGCUUCUCCAACCUGCAGCUAUCUUCAUCAUCAGGCAAACCCAUGGCCAGUUGGCCCAUCUGUGUCCCAUUCAGACAGGGCUAAUUCGACAGAAUCUGUUCGGAAUACACCUAGCACAGAUACCAUGCCAGCUUCCUCAUCUCAGACAUGUUGUGCUGAUCACCAGGAGCCAGAAAGUGCCACGGGAUCUUAUCUGCCCAGUACGCAGGAGGAGGAGCCGGGCCCAAACCUUCCAACUGCCCACGUGCGUCCCUCCCACCCUCUGAAGAGCUUCGCUGUGCCAGCGGUCCCACCCACAGGGGCAACCUAUGACCCUGCCUUGCCAAGCACACCUUUGUUAUCCCAGCAAGCUUCUAGCCAUCCAGUUCAUUCAGUGAAGACAGCCUCCAUUGGCACCCUAGGGAGAACUCGUCCUCCUAUGCCAGUUGUGGUCCCAAGUGCCCCUGAAGUACAGGAAACGACAAGGAUGCUUGAAGACUCAGAAAGUAAUUAUGAACCGGAUGAGCUGACCAAAGAGAUGGCCCACCUGGAGGGACUCAUGAAGGACCUUAAUGCCAUCACAACAGCAUGACCCAAGACAUGACUCCAAACCCUGCUUCACAGGUCUCGGGACUUAGCCUUGGAGCACAAGGACAAAUGUUGUACAAAGACUAUAGGGAGACAGCACAAGAGGAGGGACGUAGGCCGCCAGCUGCAGGACCCAUGCCGCUGCCGGCUUAACCAAGUGACUUUUCUGUUCAUUGGCCUGAAGCGGACCUGUUGGAAAGUCGGACCCCACUUCCUGCUGUGAUCCCGCAAGAGGAGGGGCUGGGGUGGUGGAUGGAGAGGUGCAUCAGACUGAUGGAAUCCGGUAUUCAGACAAAGAAGUGGACUUCGUGUGAAUUUGAGUCGGGUUUCGUCUCAGUGCUGUGACCUUCCCUGCUUUUUUCAGUGUUUGGACAUUCACAUUUAUGUACAAUUUUAUUUGUGUGUUUAUUUUAUUGUAUCUUUUUUUAUUAAAAACAAAGAAAAGUGUAAUCUGAAGAGAGAAAAAAAAGGAAAUUUGUGUUGUUUCCCACAGCCUCAACAGAUGUUUGAUUGCUUGUUCUAUUGUGUACAGGAACUCAUUGCCAGUGUGAGUUGUUCAGGUUUUUUUAUUUUUUAUUUUGUUUUUAGCGUGUGUAUAAUUACAUCACUUCCCAGCAGUUAAUCCAAGGCCUUGGGGGAUGCUGCGUUGCUGUUUGUAAGCUUUUUUAUUUUUAUAUUAUAAAUAUUAAAAGCCUGACUAGAUUCUCUCUCAUCACUGUGAGAUUAACUAUCUGUUUGGAUUGAAAUGUAACACUGACAAACUUGUGGCUUUUUGUGCAAUUUCAGUAUGGCUGUGUGGGUAGGAACCGGGACAAGAAGCCACCAAGUGGUAGGAAGUUUCCUUUUCCCCCAGGAAAGCUCUCUUCUGGCAUUUGCCUGGCUGGGUAAAUGAACCAAGUAAAGUAAAGGGGGGAUUUAUUUGAUUGCCGAGUUCAUGCAAAGACCCCUCAAUCAUUGGAACAGGCACUGACUCUGUUUGGGGUUACCAGUCCACAUGGUAACUUGUAAGCACAUACAAUAAAGUGGCUGGCAUUUUCCAUGCAAACAUAGAUCAAAACAGUUGGAUGCAAGCAUUCCCACCCCUGCCCCCCCCACAACAGUAUGCUUUGUGAAUUAGUCAGUCAGUGUCUCUGAUUACUAAACUACAUUUUCAUUGGGAGCUUUCCUCUUCUUAUACUGUUGGGCUUUUUUGAAAAUUCAAAUGCCGCAGUUUGCUUUAGCAGCAGAUCUUUAUUUGUUUUACGUUUCAUUUUGAAGACCUGUGCCUCUUAACAUUUACGCUGCAUCUCGAGUUUUAUUUUAGAUCUUUGAACGUACAAAUAUCAAUUGUAGAUCAUACGAGGGACACUUUUCUUGGCUGCUGUGCUGUGUCCCAAAGCACAAAACUGUGGGCCUCUUCUGUUCAAUCCUAUUUAUCACAAUUCCGAACCCUAGCAUAAUACAGAGAACUUCCUGUAAAGUAAACUGUAACAGGUUGGUUAAACCAAGUUUUUAGAAGCUUUUUCAGUUUUAAACCACAAUCAAAACUAAAUGGCUUUGAAGGCUUGUAGAAUUAAUGUAAUUCAUUAAUUAAAUCGAGUUGGUCUUUAAGGUGCUACUGGACCAGGAUUAAUUAAGACACACGCACACACAAUGCUAGUGACUCAGGAACUGCUCAAACCAGAGAGAAAGAAGCUAAAAAGAAAUUGCUGAUCAGCUAGUUAAUGUUUUAUUGACUCUGGGUUAUCUGCUCUUUUACUGCCCAGUAUGAGACCCCAAUAUGCCCUGACCUGGAUAGGCCAGGCAACCCAGGUCUUGUCAGAUCUCCAAAACUUAAGCAUAGUCAGCCUUGAUUAGUAAUUGGAUGGGAAACCUCCAAAGAAGACCAAGGUUGUUUGUUAUGCAGGGGCUGACAACAACAAACCACCUCUGUUAGUCUUUUGCCUUGAAAACCGCAGUCGAGGGGUACUAGAAUUCAGCUAUGACUUGACGGCAGUGUCCACCACCAUGGCACCCCAGUAUGCUCAGUGAGAGAGUGAUUGUCAAACCCCUUUUCCUGACUGUUUAAAAGGGCUUAAGAGGGGAGAGGACGGCACAGUUUUUUGUGAUACAUUUAUUGUCUAAGCCGUUUUCUAUAAGAGUUUGUGCUAGUUUUGGAGACCAAAAUAGCCCAUAGCUUGCAGGCCCUGGAUUCCUUUUAACUCUACACAAUUAAUAAACAUUGCUAGCAGACUCAAGCUUCCAAAUGCUCAGCUCCUCCUCCACUGCAUAGCAGCAUCAGGAGGGUGGGAUGCUUUGGCAGGAAAAAGUGGCGGGUGGGAUGAAGAUGCAUGACUUUUCAGCCAUCUACUAAUUUUCACUGAUUCCCCUCCUUGUUGCUUCCCACCCCCCUCCAGGCCUGGUUUAGAACCGAUGUGUAAUUCCAACCUAAGCAGAAGCAUUUUGAAGAACCCCUUAGCACAGACAAGGAAAAAUGGAACACUCAACUUUUCUGUAUACUUGUAAGGAAAUACAGAUGUAGCCACUUGUAUCUCCUGACAAGAUCGACUAUACUGGUUUCUAGCUGUAAAGUAGAGAAGAAUGCAUUCCUUCAUUCCCAAUAACAGCUGAAACAUGUGCAUAAGCAUAGCCGUGGUGCAUCUAACCAGUAACUUAUUUUUUAAAAUUACAGUUAUAUUAAAAGUCUCAUAAACAUGAUAACUAGUACAUGCAGGUUAAUAUUCUGUCUUCCAACGAUUGCCAAAACCUGAUACCCUAGGAGAAGUUCAUAAAGCAUAGAUGUAAUUUCCUCUACUGUGUCCUUCAUUCAAGCAAAUCAACUGGUUACUUUUAGGGUUGUGGGGCUUGAGCUCAUCAUAUGAUCAAUCUGGCAUACCUGGAGAAGAGUACAAUUCAGAACAAAACAAUUUAAAAAACCAGAUAUUGGUCUGGAUCCCAAUUAUCAGUUCUGUGGAUGCAUGGUGCCGUCUUUAACAGGCUUUAUGUGAAAGGAAGGGGGAAGAUCACACACUCUUCUUUCCCAUAAACCAGAAAUCAUUUCGCAAUGAGGCAGGCAUGGUAGGGUACAUUAGAAACCCUACUGGCACUAGCACAUGGUGCUGCACAGUCCUCUGGAACUGGCCUGGGCCUUUGGGAGCAAUCCAGAGCCCUGUUGGGGCUGGGUUUUUUUUACCAUAAUCCAAAGGGCCUUCUUAUUCUUGUGAAAUGUUUCACAGAUUUUACAUUGUUCUUACAAUGCUUUUGUUAAAGCGAAUAACAGAACUUCCUUGUAUCUGUAGGGUUCAUGCUUGUGUCCACUGAGUUCAGUAGGCGCACGCACAACAUUGCACUCCAGUCCUAAGAUGUAUACAUUUCUAUUUCUUAUCUAUACCCAAAGAAAUGCCAUCAUGUGUAAUCAGUAUUCCCCACUGGUGGGUUUUUGUGAAUAUAUUGCUACUUGCAUAGAACACCAUGAAUGUCAAUAUUGCCAUGAAUCUGGGAAAGGGGGUGGGGGAUAUUUUUUAAUAAUAAAACAACUGUUCAAAGUUGGGGUUUUUUUUUAAAAGGUUCAUCAAAAAGGAAAUGUUUAUCCGAGUCAUUGUACAAUAUGUAUUGCACUUUUUUGCAUUUUAACACUGUUUUUUUACAUAUCUUGUGAUUUUAAAUUUUGAACAUGGUGUAUCUCUUGUGUCAUAGUCAAGCUGCUAACGUGGCAGCUUUCUCCUGAGGAAUUUGGAGAUGGGGGUGGGUGGGCUUUGUACAUUGUUUUACAGUUCUGAUGUAGGAGGACUCAGAGGACUGCUGUAGACUUCUACCUUUCUGUACAUUUUUUUCCUUGUAGUAUUUGCUGUAUACGCUAUAAAUUUUUAAUACUGUCAUGUUUAUUAUUUGGUAUUGGACAUCCAAUACAAUUUUUUAAUCUAAUCAAAUUAUCA